CUUCCGAAAUUCAAACCCGUCUCGAUUGCUGCGGUGAAUGAACCGCUGACAGUCAACCUCGAUGACAGUCCCGCGGCACCGUGUAAAAACGCUCUGCACAGUCCGACCUUGCACGUAAAACCGGCCAGCAUUGGGACUCGGUUUUUCGAUCGGAGUUCGGACAGUGCGUUCUCGUCCCAAUACGACACCAGUCCACGCAGUUCCAGCGGGUCGUCCAAUCCUUCCGAACUGGCCUCCCUAUCCACCACGCAAGUGCCCAUUAUUAUCGGGGAUCGGGUCUAUGUGGGACCAUCACGACUGACCGGCACGGUUGCCUACAUGGGUCCGACCCACUUCGCUGCCGGGGAUAUGGUCGGUACGUACGUAAACACAAAGUGUUAUCUGGCUAUUGUGUUCAAAGUUGUUGAAACCAGACAAAAGGAUAGAUCUGGCCGUUUGUGUAUAUGCAAAGAACGUGGUUGGCACUUGAUUUGCACAUCUAUAAAUCAUUCACACUAA